AUGCACCCUCGCUCCUGCCGCACAUACACUCCGCGCCCAUGUACAGAACAUCGCCAGCGUCACGCAACUUGUGCUUUGGCCUGUCCACAAGUAGGGAAAGGAGAAGCUAACGGUGGAGAUGAGCUGGGAGAGAGGAGGUCGAAGCCCUCGAUGCUGCGCAUGCUCGCCUGUUUGUUCCCUCAAACUCUUCGAACCUCGAUCCCCCUCGCCUACCCAACUGUGCCCGUACCCAUCCGCGGCGCCCGCUACCCAGACCCACACUCGCCUCCCCUUAAUCCGCUCAAGGCUCCCGUCAACCAGUGCCCUCCACUAUUUCUGCAGCGCCAGUAUCACGCUCUCUCAACGCCUCCGCGCUCGCACUGCCCCACAACAUGUGAAGCAUCACGGCCGUUCAAACGUCAAGAAGGACGACGAGGUCCAGCUGGCGGCAGAGGAUAA